CCGUUAAGAAGCGUUAUGGUCCUUGAAACAAUGGCAAACAUCGGCCUUCUCUACUUCCUCUUCCUAGUCGGAGUAGAAAUGGACAUUGCCGUGAUCCGCCGCACCGGCAGAAAAGCCAUCAUAAUUGCAUUCGCCGGAAUGAUCCUCCCUUUCCUUAUCGGCAUCUCCUUCUCCUUCCUCUUACACCAAAGAACACAAGUAGUCAAACAAGGCACUUUUAUUUUGUUUCUCGGAGUAGCCCUCUCCGUCACCGCAUUCCCGGUGCUUGCACGACUCCUCGCCGAGCUCAAGUUACUGAACACAGAGAUUGGCCGGAUCGCCAUGUCAUCUGCCCUUGUCAACGACAUGUGUGCAUGGAUUCUUCUAGCAUUGGCUAUCGCCUUAGGCGAAAACGAGUCUGUUAACUUGGCUACUCUAUGGGUGGUUCUAUCGAGUGCAGGGUUUAUUGUGUUCUGCAUUUUUGUAGUCCGGCCAUUGAUUUUUUGGGUCAUACAAAAGACCCCAGAAGGUGAAAGUGUUAGCGAGUUCUACAUUUGUUUGAUCUUGACUGGAGUUAUGAUUUCAGGAUUCAUAACAGAUGCAAUUGGUACCCACUCGGUGUUCGGUGCAUUCAUUUUUGGAUUGGUGAUCCCGAAUGGACCUUUGGGGGUUACACUCAUUGAAAGAUUGGAGGAUUUUGUAUCCGGGCUUUUGUUGCCACUGUUUUUUGCGAUUAGCGGCCUUAAAACCUCGAUUGGGGCGAUUGAUGGGGCAUCAACAUGGGGGAUUUUGGCACUUGUGAUAAUACUAGCCUGUGCCGGAAAAAUUGCCGGAACUUUGCUCGUUGCUCUACUCUACCAGAUGCCAUUCUACGACGGAGUUGCACUUGGAUUGCUCAUGAACAGCAAAGGCCUAGUUGAGAUGAUCAUCCUCAAUGUUGGCAAGGAUCAAAAGGUGCUGGAUGACAAAUCGUUUGCGAUUAUGGUGGUCGUCGCAUUGGUGAUGACGGCGAUCAUCACUCCAGCUGUCACGAUAAUUUACAAACCGGCAAGAAGAUUUGCGCCCUAUAAACGUAGAACCAUCCUUAAAACCAAACCGGAUAAUGAUCUCCGAACCCUGGUUUGCAUCCACACACCAAGAAAUGUGCCAACCAUCAUCAACCUUCUUGAGGCCGCCAACCCAACCAAGAAGUCUCCACUCUGCGUCUACGCCCUUCACCUCGUCGAGCUCACCGGUCGGGCCUCUGCCAUGCUAAUUGUCCAUAACAGUCGGAAGUCCGGCCGGCCAGCGGCCAACAGAACACAAGCCCAAUCUGACCACAUCAUUAAUGCUUUCGAGAGCUUCGAGCAAAAUGCCGAAUAUGUAUCAGUUCAACCAUUAACUGCAAUAUCCCCGUACUCCACUAUGCACGAGGACAUUUGUAGUGUUGCAGAGGACAAGCGUGUAGCAUUCCUUAUCCUCCCUUUUCACAAGCAACAGACAGUGGACGGCGGAAUGGAAGCCACUAACCCUGCUUAUCGUGUAAUUAAUCAAAAUGUUUUAGCAAACUCGCCUUGCUCAGUCGGCAUUCUGGUGGACCGAGGCUUCGGCGGCAACACCAGGGUAGCCGGAAAUCAGAUUUCACACAAUAUUGCGGUGGUAUUCAUUGGUGGACCAGACGACCGAGAAGCUCUAGCAUUCGCUUGGCGUAUGGCCAGCCAUCCAGGGAGCACUCUCACCGUGAUGCGAUUCGUCUCCGGGAACGACGUCCAGGAACCAACGAGUAGUACCGGCCGGAUAGAAAACGACCCCAGGGUUUUGACAGUGGUGACCGAUAGCGACAGACAGAAGCAAGAAGACGAUGAGUUUAUUAACCAGUUUAGGACAAUGAUUGCACAUGACGACUCGAUUGCUUACACAGAACAAGUGGUGAAUAACGGCGAGGAAACAGUAGCGGCAAUACGAUCAGUUGAUAACGUACAUGAUUUGUUUAUAGUAGGAAGGGGUCAAGGACUGGUAUCACCGUUGACAGCCGGGUUGACCGACUGGAGUGAAUGCCCAGAGCUAGGAGCAAUAGGUGACUUAUUAGCAUCGUCAGAUUUUGCAGCUACGGUUUCAGUACUAGUGGUUCAGCAGUAUGUCGGUUCCGAUCUAGCAGAUUUCGCCUUAUCACCGGACAGUCCAGCUGAGAACCACCAUGAAAACUUCAUGAACCAUACCCAAAGAUGAACUCGCCGAGCUCCAAGGGGGGGGGGAAUAAGCAUACGUAUAGUUCACA